AUUUGCGCGCGAGAACUGAGUUGUCUUGCUUUAAGUAACAAAACAAUGACAAUUAUAAACAGAAUACGUGCUUUAUUGGUCUGUUACGAGUAUGAUUUGUAAUAAUAUAUUGUGCAAGUACAGUUAGUGUGUAAUUAAUAGAAGCGUAUCAAUUUUCUGACUAACGGUAAUUUUAAAAUGUUGGCAGUCUAAAAUAUGGACAGAAAACACUCAAACCUGCGCAGGCCACCACCAAGACUUCGUUACUUCAAAAGUAAUGAAAGGUCGUGUUCAUAUCAAAAGGGAAAUGUUGUGCGCAACAUCGCUGCCUGCUUUGACGAGCUGGAAUCUUCAUCUGAUACAGGGUGUGAGCUGUCUCCACUGCCCAAGACCAGGACCCUAUCAGAAGAUGCAGAGGUGCUAAGUAUAAUGUUGCUACCAGUAACGGAGACUUCUGAGAAUCCAGUGUGCAGUGAGAAGAGUCCAUCUGAAGAGUUUGUCCCAGAGAAUAUAUCAAGCCCAGUAGGUCUGGCAGCAGAAAACGAUGAUGGACACGGGGAAGGGAGAGAGAGGGUUUCUCCCCUGCUUUUUGAGACAGAGGGUGAAGUUCCAGCGAGCGAUGCUGUGAAGACUGCACUGUCUAAGAAAGCACAGUUGACCAGAAAGGAUUUUGAUGAGUCCAGUGAAAGUGAGAUGGAAUCUCCUCCAACACAAUUUGUUUUAGGGAAACAUCCAAAAGCUCCAACUGGCGGCAAAGAGCAAAGAAAGGCAUCCUGUCCAGGUUCAAGUGAUGAGGAGUUUCUGUCCUUGCAAAGUAAGAAGAUGUGUGUGACCCCAGUUGAACCAUCGCAGAAUAUCCCAUCUUCAGAUGAGAUGAGAGUAGCUGCAUCUAAGGAUUAUGAAGGUGAGCCAUCAGCUGCACCUGUGAAAUCGAAGGAUCACCUACACCUCAAACAGUAUGGAAACAAAAUUGUGUCAUCCGAGGUCAAGCCAUUAAAAGAAGGAAGAGAAUGUUCAGCCUUCAUCCUAAAACUGAAAGAUACUGGUUGGUCAAAGUCAGUUGGUUUUAGGAAAAAGACAUCACUUGUUCCGGUUUCUCCGCAAUUAGAAGCCGACGAAGACUUUAUGAUACUGGAAGAUGAAAAUCUGAAAAGUCCACGUUGGUUUUCUAUUCCAAGGAGGACGGAAUUAAAGAAAAAUAAGCUUCUACAGGAAGAUGAUACAGAGGCAGUAAAACAUAACAAAGAGGGGAAUGUAGCAGAAGUAGCAGCAGAUGAAAACCAUAGUCUGCCUCAAAGUUCAGUGAAUAAGCAAAAGCACAGUAAGAGUGCCAAGCGCAAGAAAACCAAUGAACUUACCACUGUUGACCAGAAGACAAAAGGAAAAAGAAUAAAGGGUGUUGAUAAAAAACAUUCAGACAUUCCUGUCACUGUACAAUCAAAGACCCCACAGAAAUGUUUGGAAGGUCUGGCAGAGGUGGUUGGUCAUACAGAGAUGCAAGUUGCUGACAUUGCAGAGGAAGAUGAAGAUGUUCCUUCACCAUGUUCGGCAAGCAGCAUUGAAACUUAUGAACAAGCUGACAAGAAAAAUAAGAAGACAAAUGUGAAACAGAAAGAGAAAUGUCUAAAAGGAUCUAGGAAGAAACCUGUGAGUCAGAUGAAGGGUCAAGAGGUGGUGCCAUCAAGUAAGCCUGCGACUGAUAAUGAGGUAGCCCCAGAAGACCAUAAACUGAGCAACAGGAAGAGACACAAGCCUGUAUCUAAUUGUCCUGUUAACCAAGAAGAGCAGACCGACAUAUUCAACAAUGAAAUCCGCAGCUCAGUAUCGGAAAAGAAAACGAAACCAAGCAAAGCCGUGGAGUCAACAAUCCCAGAAACAAUCCCGUCUUCUGCUGCAGAACAAGCGGUGGCUCAGGAUAUUGACAGCAUGCAACCAAAACCGACAUCCGUUUAUAGAGCCGGGGAAAAGAAACGGGCCUCAAAGAAAAACUUGGGAAGCCGCAGACACUCAAGGAAAUUAAAAAAAACAGUGACAGAAGUCCUUGGUCUGUCAGAAGAAUGUGAGGAGGGAGUGGUAAAUGGAGGUGAUGACGACCAAGGAUACAACGAUCCCUCACCUUAUCCAGAUCAACGCUGUGCUCCCACUCCAGAGAAGAAACAGAAGAAGUAUAAAGAGAAACUAAGGAGUAAACUCUCAGAAAAAUCUGUAAAUCUUGAGAGUGACAGGGUGGGUACAUCCCUGACUGUCUCUGAGAAUGAAGCACAACAGAAAUGUCAUGAAAUGGGCAAAAGGAGGAGACAGAAGCCUGGAUCCUGGUGGCUUGUUAACCAAGAGGAACAGAACGGGAAGCAGAGUCAAAGGCAAGCCCCUGCCCGGCACGCAAUACCUGACUGGCCUCGACAGCCCACACACCGGAGCCAUACAAGUCACGCUCAAAGUCCCUUGCUAGAGAAACAACAGAGAACUCCUCUUGGCCCGCUGGAAGGUGAAGAAUCUGAGGUCCUUGCUAAAAGCUCUUCUCGACAGCACCACCAUCAAAAAACCUCAAAGAAACGCACAGCUAAAGUUCUACCAAAACCACGUGGGGCUCCAAAAUCAUCUAAAAAAACUUUAAGAAACAGUGCCGAUAUCCUGAAUUCUGCAAAGCCUCGGGACAACUCCCUCCAAACCUUUAUAAGGCGAAACAAUUUGCUCGCACCGAGGAAUAUCAGAACGUCUUUGGCCUCUUUUGGUUCCAUUUUCACCCCAGUCAGUAAAAAAACUACCCCAAAUGCCAGACGCGGUGUCUCAAGGAAAUCUGUCGGCUUACCCAUAAUAGAAUUGCCUUCCUGGGGGGAGCAAUACGUUUCUGCCAGCCAUGGUAGACCUAGUUGUGAUUACUGUCAAGGUGCCGGUGACUACCUUACAAAUGACCAAAAUGCCAACUGUGUGAGCACAGGGCCCAGAGCAGGUAUUAGCCCAAGCUGUCCCAGUGCAAAAUCCCCUGCCAUGGCAACACAUUUAAAACAGAGUGGACCCAGGAAUCUGACUGUGGACAAUGGAGGGAUGCACCAGUGCGAUGAACUGCUGUGUGAAGUUGAUGUUUGUAAAGGCUUUAAGAGUGGCCCAUCCUCAAUGAUGGAAGUUGAAGAAAAAACUGUGCCAUCGAGUCUGAACGUUCCCCAUAUUCUGUCAGAGAUUCAGAUGUGUGGGCCGCCACUAAGGCCUAUGGCCUUGCUGAUGGAAGACAGGCAGGACCUUGUUAAGUGGCUCAAAAAUGUUUGGCCCUCUCCAGAUGGUGCUGAGGUAAUCACCCCUGAACACUUCCAGUGGUUUGCAUACCGUGGAAGAGCCAUGGGAUACAGGACUGAUUUGCUUUAUGACACGUUUUCUAAUGGAAAGAUUCUGCUUGGCUCUUAUAUGAAAAAGCCUCUGCAGGUGGAUAACAAUGCAAUAUAUGUUUACAACAUACUGACAAGUACUGUUUGUGUAACUAUUAAUGGAGUGAAGACGGAUCUUUCCUCUGGAGAAACAUUUAUGGUUCCCUGUGGGCAUGCAUAUGGAAUGCGCAAUCUCACGGCAGAACCUGCUGUGCUUCUGUACCACCGGAUGCUGGCAGAAAACUGUGAGAGCGGGGAGGAAGAAAGGAGCACGUAAUGUGCUGGGAAAUGCUAUUCAGAUCACAAGCCUCGUUCUCCCUGUGGUGCCCAUUUGAGGAUAGCCUUUUGUUCACAGGUGGCAUUCCUUUAAUAGCACGGCUACUUGCGGUAAUACUAUAUCUGGGAGUUGUGAAAUAUUUAAGUUAGGGGAUGGCAGUGCUUUAUGCAAUUAAUACAAUGCUUCAUUACUGUGUUGCGGCAAAUGCAGUUUUCUGUCAGGUGGUCUUAACUGCACCAGUAUGCACUGGCUUACUUUGUGGGGGUGGGACAGGGAAGUUGAUGUGAAAUUACCUUCUCUGCUUUAAUUGAAAGCCAGUUUGAGCAUUAUAAAGUUAUUUUAAAGAUGCGCCAUAACAGUUAAUAUAACAUUUCAGUGUCUUUCACAUGUAUAGUAGUGUUUUGAAUUUUAAAACAAGCAGAUAUUUGCAUCCUGGUGAGCUAAGGAUAUGAUAGCAAAUAUGGCUUGUUCACUUGUCAGGGGAUUGGGUGUAAUGGGCUGUAAACUGCUGGCAAGCAAAAUGUAUACUGUUUAGCUUUUCUGAACUUUUUUUUCUUUUUUUUUUCUUUUAGUCACAGAGCAACCUGAGUUUGUUCUGUGACUAGUUUAUAGCUUUUAGGAUUUAAAGUCAUUGAAUGUCGCCAUAAUGUAGCCUUCACCACAACUUGUGUUCAGCCAGGGCCAGAUGAAAGAACUUGGGUGAAGUAUUACAGAGUUUGGUUAACCUUUUAAAACUGUAUCCAGGAUACAUGAAGUUACAGAUUAGUCGUAGAUUUGUGUCCCUAUAAAAUUCUGUUUUCCUUUAUUAAUGCAUUAGAUUGUGGAGAGGCUAGUUGUGGCUUAUAGUUGAUAUGUUGUCCAAUGCUUAGUUGUAGUUGCGUUACCAUUAAAUGUAACUAUAAUCAUUUAUACAGUUAAAAGUAUUGGUACAGUGACACAAUUUUUGUUGUAUUGGAUCUGUACUCCAAGAUAUUAGAUCUGAAAUAAACAAAUGAAUUAGGAGGUUAAAGUUCAGACUCCGCUUUAAUUAGGAGGCAGCUACAUCCAUAUUGGUGUAAAUGUAUGAACUGCAGCCAUUUUUAUGCAUAGGCCCCCAUUUUAGGGGAGCAAAAAUAACCGAACAAUUGACUGCUGUUUUUUGGGCAGCUGCAUCAUUAGUUUAUGCACACGAAAGCUAAGAAAAUGUUGAGAGGUAAAAACAUUGGGUGCCUCAAUACUUAACUGUAUUUUGUAAUAAUUUGCAAUGUGAUAAUUAUUUUUAUUUUUGUAAUUGUGUGAAAAGUCUCUUAAAGAGUGUGUCUAACAUCCCUGUCUUGUAUUUUGUAAUUUUGAUGAUAAACAUGUUGGAACGUUA